GGAACCCUAGGUUGAAAAUGCUAACUAGGCAGGAAGAGCCCUUUACGGCACCGGCUUUUUUUGUGGUAUCACUUAUCAAUCCAACUGCCAAGUCAGACGGGAGGAAUUCGCCGGUUAUAGCCAAGAAAGGGCACUGGACAUCUUCAAUACCAGUAGAAGGUAUCACUGAAGUGACUUUGUGGCACAUUACAGCAAAAACUUGUUGAAAUGUACAGUAUAUUGACUAAGUUACAUUGUAACGCGGCUCAGCAUCCACCUCAUCACUUCUCAGCUGGCAGAAGUAGCUACAAUAGCUAACGUUAGCUAGCUAGCUAUUAAGUAAGCCAACCGAGUUAGCAGAGAAUUAAAGAAGUCAGCCGUUAUGGGCCAAACCUGGAUAACGGUGGAAUAAGAUAGUUACAUUGCAAAGUUUACAUUUGACUGUUUUGUCUGCACUACUUUUAGCAGUCCUUCUGAACAAUUUAGUUAGAACGCACGUGACGUGGUGGCUAAAAUAGACUUGUCCAUAUUUGGCAGCUAGCCAAGCUACCCCAAUUCACAUUACAUUUAGAUAUAGUAAAAUACCGAUAUAGAUUGUAAUAGUUUGAUAAUAUUGGUUCCAUCCGUAUGAUGCACAAGCAAGGGUCGUUCGUGUCCCCCUUGCUCAGUGGGGUCUUCUGUCAAUGCCAAGCAGAUGAGGCGCACCGGGGUUCUGACCCAGGUGGCGGGGUCGAGUAUACUGGGGGUCCAUCCUUCCCAUUCCCACCUCCAGCUCGGGAGCGGCCGUUGUCAGGGGAGAACACAGGUUCCUGUGAUGACUCCUGUGAGCCAUCGUAUCCAUGCGAACUUUGUGGUGGACCCGAGCAGGACCACAGACUGAAAGUGCUGUUUCAAGUCCUGGACGUGAAUGGUGAUGGGGGCAUCUGCGUCAACGACCUGUCCAUUGGGCUCAAGAAACUGGGGGUUCAUCGCACAGAACUUGAGCUUAUGAAAAUAGUUAAAGCGGGAGAUAAGGACCUGGACGGCCAGCUGGACUUUGAGGAGUUUGUCCACUAUCUGAGAGACCACGAGAAGAAGCUCCGGCUGGUCUUCAAAAGCCUGGACAAGAAGAACGAUGGUCGUAUUGACAAGCAGGAAAUCAUGCAGUCCCUUCGAGACCUGGGGGUUAACAUCUCCGAGCAGCAGGCAGAGAAGAUCCUCAAAAGCAUGGACAAGAAUGGCACAAUGACCAUCGACUGGAACGAGUGGAGAGACUACCACCUACUGCACCCCGCCAAUAACAUUCCCGAGAUCAUCCUGCACUGGAAACACUCAACGAUAUUCGAUGUGGGGGAGAGUUUGAUGGUGCCAGAUGAGUUUACAGCCGAGGAAAAGAAGACUGGGAUGUGGUGGCGACACUUAGUGGCUGGAGGGGCAGCCGGCGCCGUGUCUCGAACCUGCACCGCACCCCUGGACCGGCUCAAAGUGCUCAUGCAGGUCCACGCCUCCCGUACCAACAGCAUGUGCAUUGCCGGCGGCUUCAACCAUAUGAUACGCGAGGGCGGUAUGAGGUCACUAUGGCGAGGCAAUGGCAUGAAUGUCAUCAAGAUCGCCCCUGAGUCAGCCAUCAAGUUCAUGGCUUACGAGCAGAUCAAACGUUUGAUAGGCAGCAACCAGGAGACACUGGGCAUCCUGGAGAGGUUUGUGGCGGGAUCUCUGGCUGGAGCCAUUGCCCAGAGCAGUAUUUACCCCAUGGAGGUGUUGAAGACCCGCCUAGCCCUGAGGAAGACGGGCCAGUUCUCUGGCAUUGCUGACUGCGCCAAACACAUCUUCCGGAAGGAGGGCAUGGCCGCUUUCUACAAGGGAUACAUUCCAAACUUGAUAGGCAUCAUCCCCUACGCUGGCAUUGACCUGGCUGUCUACGAGACUCUGAAGAACUCAUGGCUGCAGCGCUAUGCCACAGACAGUGCUGACCCGGGGGUGUUCGUCCUGUUAGCCUGCGGUACCACCUCCAGCACCUGUGGACAGCUGGCCAGCUACCCCCUGGCCCUGGUCAGGACCCGAAUGCAGGCUCAAGCCACCAUCGAGGGCGGUCCCCAGAUGACCAUGUCGGGGCUGUUCAAACACAUUGUGAAGACUGAGGGUGCAUUCGGACUCUACCGAGGCCUGGCCCCAAACUUCAUGAAGGUCAUUCCAGCGGUCAGCAUCAGCUACGUGGUCUACGAGAACCUCAAGAUGAGUCUGGGGGUGGUGUCACGUUGAGGCCUGGGGGGAGAGGGAGGUAGCACCUCCACUUAAGACCAAAUUGUUCAUUUUUGCUUUGCCAAGCAACGGUGCUGGUGACUUGGAAAAAAGGGAGGAAUUUCAGCAGACAGAGCUGGGGUUGUUAGAGACCAUCUCAUUCUGUAAAUGUUAUGAAGACAGAUGGGGAGAGGUACAUGGAGGGAGGGGGGAGAGAUAUUACAACACUAAGGACAAAAAAAACGAUGGAGAGAUGGGAAUGGACACUAUGACUGGAAGGGAGGUGGGGAUGGCGAUCCUCUCACAUAGCUGUAAUCUUAAAGUAUCAUUAUGUAAGGAGUUAUUUUGUUAUCAAUCCAGAGGUACUUCACCAUGAGUCCACUGUUGGCUUUUUAUUAUGAAAUUUGAAGAGCCAGGUUAACUGAAAAGCAAUCUCUUCACUGGAACUCCAGUAUUCUCAACCUGCUUGAAAUUUGUUAACAGUAUUAGUCAACCUAUCUGGGUUGUGAAAGACUGCUUUUCUAAUUGUCAUCUAAAGUUGUCCUAUGUAAUAUGUAUCCGCCUUAAUGCAGCAUUCAUUAAAAUGUAAGAGGCUGCAACUAUUAGGGCAUUAGCUGUUAUGAAUUUUGUCUGGAGGGAGCAAAACCUCAACUCACAAUUUUGAUUUCAGGUUAAUUCCAUAUUUUUCCUUUUUCUCAUUGUAUAGCUUGAUGAGAAUGUUAAACAACUGAUUUGAACAGAAAGGGCGAUGCAGGUUGGAUGCCCAUAGUGUAUAAUUGUCCACUUAGUCUUAAAACGGCUGGUAAGAAGUGUGUAUGUCUUGAUGUUAAUAAAAAAUGUUGUAUUGUAACCAGAUAUUUAAAUAAAUAUGGUCCAAGACAGGCCGCGCUCAAAGAAUAGAUACUGUUAGCAGAUGUUUAGUUACUAUAACAUAUUCAGAAACUGUUCAUAUAUUGUUUUCCAAGAUCCAAUGCAACACAUAAUGAUUACCUACCUACUGAUUAAGGUUUGAUACGUUACACUGUCACUUCCUGUGUAACAUUUCGGAAAGGAAUAUGGCGAUAUUGAGUCGUUUCUGGGUGGGGAAAAAAACAGGGAAAAUGUGCAGAGUUUUCAUUAUGAAAGACCAUUUCCCACCACCAUGCUACAGUGGCUAAUUCUAGCCCCGGUCCACAGUAGCAUUUUGAAACUAUAGCGGUUUUUGAAUGCCCAUACUAACAUACUGUAUACUAUUAGUUAAUUUUAGUAUAUGGUAAACAAACGGUAUCGUUUCAGUUGAGCGUACUAGAGCAUGGCCUGUCUACUGGAAGUUGAUGCUGUUGCUAUGGAACCUCUUGCUAGCUUGUUAGCCUAACAAAUGACUAGCUAAACAUUUUACGAUUUCGGGUGUGUUUGUAAGUUCAAUCUGGAGUGAUAAUGCGCUCUGGGCGUUCGUAAAUCCAGAGUGUUGUCCAUUUGUAAAUUCAUCAGUUAUUCUGUGCGAGAGUGCUCUGAAAUCGGAGUAGAUAGCCAUUGAAACACACGACUAUACCACUUAGCUAAGAAUUAUGUAAAUAAUCAUGUCACUAAACGUUGGGUAGUUAGAUAGCUAAUAUACUGUCUGACAAGUUUGAUGUUUUAGUAACUAGUUAACAUACCAUACUGCUGUAAUGCUAUAUGGUUCGUAAGAAUAGUGUAAGUUAUUUGAAAAGUCAUUACAUUGCUCAACAUUUGUCAAAAUUAGUUAAAGCAAUGAAUUUGUAUCCGCUCUCGUCUGACUUCGAAUGCAUAUUUUACGCCAUUUUCUUUCAAUCUGAAAAGUUGAAGCCACGCCCAUUUUCUGAAUUGCAUUAUGGGCCCUAAAAGCACGGAAAGUAUCCACUGCAUGUAUACUUCGUAUUUUGGCGAGCUUUUGACAUACUAACUAUAUCCAUACUAUGACCAAUAAGCAUACUAUAUACUCAAUUCAUGUCACAAAUAGUACAGUUAGUGCGGUUAGUAUCAGUAUUCGAACACAGCUCAGGGGUGAAAAGACAGACUGUUGCAACCCGAUACGCAACAACUAUCAUUCACUGUAGCAUGGUGGUGGAAAAUGGUAUUUCAUAAAGAAAGCACAGACAUUUUCCCUGUUUUUUCGGUCUUCUCUCUAUUAAAUCGAAUUAAGGAAGGAAUCGACGCCUUUGCAGCCUGAAUGGAGAAUGUUUUAUGUACAAACUGGUCCACAGGGAUACGAGUAUAAAGCCGGCUGCAUAGAUUUUCUCUGGACGGUAAAAUGAAAUAACUCAAUAUCAACAUCUGACGGCCUUUGAGCUAGUAUUUCUUGAGUUUGGGACUUGUUGUUUUGAGUUUAGUCGGUUGUCGCUAUUUGGCUAAAUGCUUUUUCUAGUUGGUGCAGCUCCACAAAAAUAAGUACUUAUCUUUUGCACUUUUGCUUUAGAGCAAAUACCGGAGCCUGAAUCCAUAUAUUCACUCCACAAGAGGAUGGAAAAGGCUGUGUCUGUAUUAUUGUACACCACCUAAGGAUACCACUCCAUACUGCCUGAAAUGUAGCGGCUUAUUUCCUGCAUUGACGAGCAGGAAAUCAGACUCAUCACUUUUGUAAACUUGAAAUUCAUAUUGUUCCCCUAUAUCGCUGAAGGCUAAAAUGUAUAGCAUAUCUAUACACUAUACAAAACAUUAAGAACACAUUAUUUUUCCAUGAUGUAGACCGACCAGGUGAAUCCGGGUGAAAGCUAUGAUCCCUUAUUGAUGUCACUUGUUAAAUCCACAUCAGUCGGUGUAGAUGAAGGGGAGGAGAUGGGUUAAAGAAGGAUUUUUAAGCCUUGAGACAAUUAAGUCAUGGAUUGUGUAUGUGUGCCAUUCAGAGGGUAAAUUGGAAAGACAAAAGAUUGAAGUGCCUUUGAACGGGGUUUGUUUGCAGGUUCCAAGCGCACCAGUUUGUGUUUAGAACUCCAACGCUGCUGGGAACAUAUCCAGACUAAAUCCUGAUUUACAGUGAGCUACAAAAGUAUUGGGACAGUGACAUUUUUUUGUUUGUUUUGGUUCUGUACUCCAGCACUUUGGAUUCCUAAUGAUACUAUGGGGUUAAAGUGCAGACUGUUAGCUUUAAUCUCAGGGUAUUUUUGUCCAUAUCGGGUGACCGUUUAGAAAUUACAGAACUUGUACAUAAUCCUCCCUUUUAGGGAGUCAAACGUUUAGUACAGUAUAUGGUUCCAUAUUCCUAGCACACAAUGAUUACAUCAAGCUUGUUACUCUACAAACUUGUUGGAUGCAUUUGCUGUUUGUUUUUGUUUCAGGUUAUUUUGUGCCCAAUAGAAGUUCAUGGUAAAUAAUGUAUUAGGACAUUUUGGAGUCGCUUUUAUUGUGAAUAAGAAUAUAAUGUUUCUAAACACUUCUACAUUAAUGUGGAUGCUACCAUGAUUACAGAUAAUCCUGAAUCGUGAAUAAUGAUGAGUGAGAAAGUUAGACACACACAUAUCAUUACCCCCCCCCCCGCAAAUACUAACCUCCCCUCCAGUUAUUUUAAUGGUGAGAUGAUAACAUGUCUUAGGGGUAUGAUAUUUGUGUAACUUUCUCACUCAUCAUUAUUUACGAUACAUACAGGACUAUCCGUAAUCAUGUAGAAGUGUUUAGAAAUAAUAUAUUCUUAUUUACAAUAAGUGACUCCAAAAAGUCUCAAUACAUUAUUUACCAAAGUGCUGGAGUACAGAGCCAAAACAACAACAAAAAAUUGUCACUGUCCCAAUACUUUUGUAGCUCAAUGCAUUUAGAAAAUUAUUGAAUGUAUUGAAAACUAUGUAAAUGAACCAUUGUUGUCCUUUGUAGAAGAAUGCAUCUAUAGCUAAAUGUAUUUAUGCUUAUAUGGGAACAACUGUUAAUAAAAUAACUCAAUAUUA